AUGGGUAUACUUCGCAGAACGAUAGCGACAUUUCAUACAGAAUUUAAUGAAUUACCAACGUUAAGAAAACUGAAACAAGUAUUAACAGAUAGAAUUGGUUUUAACGGUUGUAUAGACACUCUGCGUAUCAUUUUGAAGGAAUCGGGUUACGAGUGGUCCAAAAUAGAUGACAAUCGUAAAGCUUUAGUAGAAAAGCAUGAUAUUCAAAUGUUACGUUUUCAAUAUUUGAGGCAGUUAAAGAAAUAUCGUGACGAGGGCCGCUAUAUCGUAUACACAGAUGAAAGUUAUGUUCACACAACACAUCUGCAAAACAUGUGCUGGAAACCAGUCAAAGGAGUAUCAGCAGUGCAAAAAAAGUUGUCUAAAUGUACUUGGGUCAUAAUUGUUCACGCUGGUGGAUGUGAAGGAUUUGUUCCAAAUGCUAGAUUGGUGUAUAAAGCAAACUCCACAAGUGGAGAUUAUCACGACAACAUGAAUCUGGAUAAUUAUAAGAAAUGGCUCACCACACAAUUACUGCCCAAUCUCCCGGUAAAGGCUGUCAUCGUUGUGGAUAACGCUUCUUACCACAAUGCUUUAUUAGAAAAAGCUCCCAACUCCAACUCAAAUAAGCAAGCCAUGCAAACGUGGCUUACAGAAAAAAAUAUUCAGUUUGACGAAAAAAUGAAAAAAAUUUAA